AUGGAAAUGUAUGGUGUUUCUGAAACUCGGAACCCGGAUGCUUACUGGAUUGAAGGUGCUGAUUUAAAUUCACGCUUUGCAAGCCCGAGCUUUGAACAGUCUGGUGCACUGUUUAAUGAAGGAGCCCCUGAAUUUGUUGACCAGAGCAUGUAUUACCCUGCUGCAACCAAUUAUGGGUAUUAUGGUACAGGAUUUGAACCGCCGGGGGAAUGGGAGGACCAGCAGAGGAUUUUUGGUAUAGAGGGUCCUGAUGUUCAGUACACGGGUGGACAAAAUGAAAAUUUUCCAUAUGUAUAUUAUAGCUAUGGAUAUGCACAGUCUCCAUAUAAUCCGUAUAAUCCGUACAUACCAGGUGCAGUGAUAGGAGUUGAUGACUCAUUUGGUGGAGAACAAUCUUAUUACACCCUCCCCCAUUAUCAAGAUCCUGCUUCUUCACCUUCUUAUGUUCCCCUUGUUCAACCUGACAAUUUUCCUUAUAAUUCUGCAAACUCCUUGUUUGGAGCCAGCGCUUCUGUCAAUAGACCUGAUGGAAGAGGUUUAAAACAUAAGUUCAAUUCAGCUUAUGGUAACUUUUCUAGGAACUCUUCACAACUUUUAUCAAAUCAGACAAGUUCCUUGGCCAGGGUAUCAGAAGGGCCGAGAGCUAAUGAUGGAAGGAAGCAUGCAAGUGUUUCUGGAAGUAGGUUUCUCAACAUGGCCUCAUCAGCUGUUCAUCAGGAUAGAAGUUCUGAUGCUUCAGUGCAACCAGUAAGUGCUAUUUCUAAUGGGAAUGCUAUUUCUCAUCGUAAUCAAUUGAAAGUAGCUGCUUCAAGUGAAUCUUCUCAUUUUGCAUCAAAUCCUAAUGGACAGUCUGCAGUUGGUAAACUUAGGCCGAAGGUUGACAUAUUUAAAGUAUCAAAUGAUGGAAAUGGCAGCGCUGAUGUAUUGGGUGAGCAAAAUCGAGGCCCUAGGACUAGUAGAUCAAAACUUCAGCUGUCUGUGAAAGCUUAUACAACCAAGGUAGGAGGUUGUAAUGAGCAAGGAAACAUCAUCAUUUAUACCGAUCAAUACAACAAGGAGGAUUUCCCUCUUAACUAUGAUAAUGCGAAGUUUUUUGUGAUAAAAUCAUACAGUGAGGAUGAUGUGCACAAAAGCAUUAAAUACAAUGUUUGGUCUUCCACACCUCAUGGAAACAAGAAGUUGGGAAAUGCGUAUGAGGAUGCAAAGAAACUAUCAGCUGAAAAAGCUGGAGUCUGUCCAAUCUUCCUAUUUUUUUCUGUUAAUGCUAGUGGUCAAUUCUGUGGAGUUGCAGAGAUGAUUGGUUCAGUUGAUUUUAAUAAGGAUAUGGACUUCUGGCAGCAAGAUAAAUGGAGUGGGAGCUUUCCUGUGAAGUGGCAUAUCAUAAAAGAUGUACCAAAUGCACAUUUUAAGCACAUUAUUCUAGAGAACAAUGAAAACAAGCCAGUAACUAAUAGCAGAGAUACGCAAGAGAUAAUGUAUUUUAAAGGAUUGGAAAUGCUGAAAAUAUUCAAAAGUCAUACUUUGAAGACAUCUUUGCUUGAUGAUUUCAUGUACUAUGAAAACCGCCAGAAGAUUAUGCAGGAUGAGAAAGCCAAGCUCCUUAUCAGAAGUGUAGAAAGUCCAUUAUUCGUACAAGCUUUGGAAGCUCCUCAAACGUUGGUUGUUGGCAAACCUCCCAGCAAAUAUGAGAAGAAUUUGAAGAUCAAGGAUGAUUCUGAUAACUCAAACCAGAUGUCCAUUUCAAGCUCUGAGCAGAACAUCCAUAAUUCUGAUGUCCCCAACAGCAAGUCUGUGAAUGAGCAGGCUAAGAAAAUUGCAGUUCAUGAAGAUAUUUCUUCUAUCUUAAAGAUUGGUUCAGUCACUAUUACCCCAAAGCAGGUUGAGGCAAAACAAUCUGGCAUUGGUAACAGAGAACAAAUUGAUGUUCUUACUGUAGGCUCAAUGCCCAUUAAAGUUAAUGGGUUCGCCGGCUCUUCUGGUUUCUUGAAAGUUGGAAGUAUACAACUUAACCCAAAAGCUUUACAACCGUAA